GUUUUGAAGUUGAUGUAGAUGAUGAAGUUUUUGAUGCGGUUGCGGUUGGUAAUGUUACUGAAGUUGAUAACACUGAUGUAGUUGGUAACGCUAAUGCAGUUGGUAACGCUGAUGUAGUUGGUAAUGUUGACAUGGGUGGAGAAGAAUCUUGUGCCAACAGACUUGGUAUAAUAGUAUCAAUUUUAAUUUUUGAUAGAUCAAUGGCUGGCAGACUAGUCGAAGGUUUGACGCUAAAUAAACUCGUGUUUAGAAAUACGACAAAAAUUGUCAAUGCAAGAACUAAAGAUACAAAUGAUAACGAGAACCGCCAAAAAAUAAACAUUUUAUUAGCUUGA